CCUCAAACAGCCUCACUGGAGCUCCCACAAACUCGUCUCUAUUCUCAAAGAAUAUUACUGGUUCAACAAGAUGUCUGUCGUGCUAAUCGUAGGCGCCACUCGUGGUCUCGGAGCGAGCCUCGCAAAAGCCUAUGCCUCAGAUUCAGAUACUCAUGUCCUAGCGACUGCAAGAACAUCAGAUCCGCCUGCAAACACCAAAAACAUCAACUAUAUUCCCAGCGUUGACAUCGCGUCGCCAGACGCUGGCAGCAAGAUUAUCCACUAUCUCAAGGCUCACUCUAUAACACAUGUUGACGUUCUCAUCAUCACAGCCGGGUACUUUGCAACCGAGACCCUCCAAGAACCCUCAUUCUCCGACCAAGAAACCAUGUACCGCACAUGCGCCAUCGGUCCUACAAUUCUGGUUACAACUCUCGCCAACGAGUCCAACAAGCUGCUCAGCUCCAAGUCCAAAGUCAUCUUCGUUUCAUCGGAGAGCGGCAGUAUAACGCUCAGGCACGAAGAAGAGGGAGGCGGCAACUAUGGACAUCACGCUAGCAAAGCAGCACUGAACAUGUGUGCCAAGUUGUUGAGUCUAGAUCUGAAAGAUAGGGGUGUUGCGGUGGCCAGUGUACACCCAGGAUUUAUGAGGACGGAUAUGACUCGUAAUGUGGGCUUCGACAAGUUUUGGGAUGAUGGGGGAGCGGUCACACCUGAUGUUGCGGCAAAGUCACUCAGCGAAUGGAUCGAGACGUUUGAGAUCAGUAAAACGGGGACUUACUGGGCGCCUCGUGGAGCCGCUGACAUUGGCACUGCUGAGGCGGUCCUGGGAUCCAAGGAUAAGCUUCCCGUUCCCCUCCAGCUGCCGUGGUAGAGGUCUGACGCACAUGAUAACACGACUAAAGGCUAGUAUGAUGAGACCUAUAGGAUGAACUUCAUUGAUAGAUUGCACGAUCCUAAUUCUAU